UCUCUGGUGUUCGCCUCGCCGGCUUGGGGUGUCCUUCUACUACUGCUAACUGCUUACGUAGCAGCAGAAGCGCGCACCGCCCAGUUCCUCUGCCUUCCCCUUCAUUAGUCAGCUUUCACGUAGGGGGAGCCCCCUUCUAUGGAGUAGGUGCAGAAUCGGGGUACCAACGUGGAAACCCACAGCAAAUUGGACUAAAAGUGACGGUCUCCUACAUUGUCAUUAAUGUAGACAGGAGCGAUUCUACGCUACUGUGCUUUGAACGUCCUCAUCACUUUGCUUGUGUUGAGCUAAGGAUUCUGUUCUUGCUUUUAUUAGCUGUAAGUGGGAGCAGGUGGUGAGUUGUGACUGCCUGCUUUACUAAGGUGUUAACUGUCUGUUGUGGUUGUUAUUUGCCCCCGUUUUCUUUAACAACGGGGCUCCACUGGAGAGCAAACUGCGAUUUCUUCUUGUCCCCCGAAGUACCGCAGUGGUGCUGCAGAGUCCUCUUCGAGGAAGGAGAGCCUUAGGAGUGUUGCUUGCUGCAUAUUCCAUUCCGCAAUCUAUCCAUCCUUGAAGAUUCACCGAGUGCCUACCUCCUGAAGAAGCAGAUCUCUCGUGUAAAGAAAAUGCUACAAAUUACUUUUUGGGAAAUUGAAGUGUUGCAUUCUUUUCUGGGAGAAGUCUUGCUGUCUGUGUGACAAGACUGCUCCACAUCAAACUGGAGCACUAACAGAAGGUGUGCCCCUAAUCAUCCAGCACCGUCACCUGUGAAACCCCCAAGCUUUUAAUCCUAGCACAGUUAUCACCAUGUCUCUGCCAGGAAGCAGGAGACAGUCGACUGGUUCAAGAAGGUAUGAUGGCUCCUGGGACCGAAGGAACCCCUAUAAGGCAGAUGUAAAUAAAACACUGCCACCUCACUGUCGUGGGUUUUGUGGAAGGAGUGGUUUGUCCUCGUUUUUUAAGUCUUCAAGGCCAGCAACUGCCCAUUCUGAGAUGCAGCCUCUUCUUCCUGCCUCCAGGCGUCUUUCUCCACCAGUGACCAUACGUGAUGGCUUUGCCACUUCCUCCAUGAGCAGUAGCAGUAACUCAGGGUCUUGCAAAGGCAGUGAUGGCAGUCCUACUCCCAGGCGUUCUAUAAAGUACUCCUGCAGUGACAACCAUGGUAUAAAGCCGCCAACCCCUGAACAAUAUUUGACUCCACUACAGCAGAAGGAAGUGUGCAUUCGACACUUGAAAGCGAGACUGAAAGACUUUCAGGAAAGGCUGCAGGACAGAGAUAUAGAAGUGGACGAACUGAAGGCACAACUUUCUCGAAUGCAAGAAGACUGGAUUGAAGAGGAAUGCCAUAGAGUUGAGGCUCAGUUAGCCUUAAAAGAGGCCCGGAAGGAGAUCAAACAAUUGAAGCAAGUAAUUGAUACUGUCCGGAGCAAUCUGACAGAAAAUGAUAAAGGCAUCCAGAAGUAUUUUAUUGACAUCAGUAUCCAGAACACCAAGCUUGAGACCUUACUCCAGAAUAUGGAGGUUGCUCAGAAUGGAACUCUAAGAGAUGAGGUAACUGGUUCAGCAGGGGGAUCCCCUGCUAGGUCUCUUACUCGGAGCUCCACUUAUACCAAACUAAGUGACCAAGCAGCACAGGACAAGAAUGCAGGUGACUUUCAAAGCAUUUCAACUGAGGAGACUGGAGACAGUGGCUUUGUAGGUGCAGAAGACACCUACAGUAGAACAGACUUGCUUGACCAGUUUUCCUCCAGGUUGGACUGCUCUGCUGAAGAUGCUUCCCUUCCAAUGUCCUUCAUGACCAUGAGUUCAAGGCUUCCUCACAGCUCUACUUAUGAGAAACUUGCCAGCUCUCACUGUAGUAUUGAAAUGGGAAUCCAGGCUACAGAUGUUGAGGAGAGAGCUAUACAGACCGACUUUGUUCAGUACAAUCCUGACUUAGAUACUAUAAUGGAGAAAGUGAUGAAAUCUCAAGCUUGUAGUCCAAGUAGUCAGACAUCUUUGUGGGCCUCUGAAAUUGAAGACUUGGGAAUAAAUGUUAGCUACCAAGUCAGUAAUACCAACAAAGUGCUUGACCUGGUCCCAAGUGACCCAAACUCUGCUAUUGUAGUGACUGACAAAGAAGGAAAUGAGUUAUCUAGUAGCCAUGUUGAUACUUCUGUCAUCCUAAAGCCUACAGUCCAGCAGCCUACCAGUAUGAAUAUGGCAGACAGUGCCAUUUAUAAUAUUGAUGAAGAUCCUAGUGAGCCUGACCAAGAUGUAGUCCCACAAAAGUCAUACUGGAGUCGUCAUUUCCUCAUCGACUUUCUGGCAGUAGCAGUGCCAAUAGUACCCACGGUAGCUUGGCUUUGUCGCACCCAGCGAUGGCAGGGCCAGCCUGUCUAUAACAUUGGAUCCCUGUUGCGUGGUUGCUGUACAGUAACUUUGCAUUCCAUACGGCGAAUGGGCUGCCGUCCUGCUAGCAGAAAUUCACAAGUAUAACAGUACUAUCAGGACUGAUUGCGUUCAUCAGAUCUAGGCUCUGCCUUCAUAUGCACACCAUUUGACACUGCAUGUACAUUUCCCAUGCAAGUCUAAUCCAGUGAAUGAUUAGCAUUAAUGCAGACAAAUAUCGUGUGACAGCUGUUGACCCUGCAUCUAGGCUAACUAGAUGUGUAAUUUAUCCUGUCAUAUAAUGCCACUAUAUCAGAAAAUGUUAAAAGCAACAUUUCAAGGUCAGGAAAGAAACACUAAUCUUGUUCAUAGUUGAGUGUUAAACACUAAGUGAUGUGGUUUGUUGUUGGAGUCAAAGCCAGUCUGUUACUUUAAGUAGCUUAUUUAGUGCAGUAUAAGCUAAACAGCGUAUCUUCACAUUUGGGGUUACUCAUUUCCUCUGCUGGGCUUCCACACACACGUUUGAUACUUCAGUGGGAACAGAGAAUUUUUUCAAGUUCAGCUAGCAGAUGAAAUGGAUAAACUUUCUGUUCCUAUGAAACAAGUGUGUAAUUUCAUUUUCUGUUUGGAUAAUUUUUGAAAUCUGUGGAUUACCUAGAGAAGCACUUCUGAUUUAAGACCAUAAACUUUCUUUUUUUGUAGAUUUAUGUGAUACAUUAGCUGCACACACUUCCUGUUGCUGCUUAGAACAUUCCCGUCAGGUUAUUAAACACUUGUAAGAUCUGCAUGCAGUCCCGCAGUGGAUGAAGGUACAUUACAAACUGAAAUCAUUAGUAACAUUAUUUUCCACAUUUCCCUUUCAGUUUGAACAUCUACAUCAGAGGUUCCAGGGUGCACUGAGAUGCCGUACCAUUUCAGACUCACUGUAAUUUUUAUAUGAACUUUACCCAUCUUUGAAAAACAGUGCCUCAGUUUUCCAGUGUGCCAGUUCCCUGAACCAAGACCACCAGCACCACAAAGGGCAUUGCUAAUGUUACCUGGUUUGCUUUCUUCCUUAUCACUUCCAAGUCCACAAAAACAACAAGCAAAAUGUGCAUCUUAACCUAAAUAUACAACUACCAUGAAUGGGUCAGGGUCUGCAGGUUAGGGAAUUACAUCUAAACCUAAAUAUACAACUACUAUGAAUGGGUCAGGGUCUGCAGGUUAGGGAAUUACAUCUUAACCUAAAUAUACAACUACUAUGAAUGGGUCAGGGUCUGGAGGUUAGAGAAUUGCAUCUUAACCUAAAUAUACAACUACUAUGAAUGGGUCAGGGUCUGCAGGUUAGGGAAUUGCAUCUUAACCUAAAUAUACAACUACUAUGAAUGGGUCAGGGUCUGGAGGUUAGUGAAUUACAUCUUAACCUAAAUAUACAACUACUAUGAAUGGGUCAGGGUCUGGAGGUUAGUGAAUUACAUCUUAACCUAAAUAUACAACUACUAUGAAUGGGUCAGGGUCUGGAGGUUAGUGAAUUACAUCUUAACCUAAAUAUACAACUACUAUGAAUGGGUCAGGGUCUGGAGGUUAGUGAAUUACAAGCAGCCAGUCAAUAAGCUAAACUACCCCAGCAAGUCAGAAUAAGAAAGAAAAAUGAUGUUCUCCAUGACGUUCAUACUGCUUUCAUGUCUGUCUUCUCUCCCAGUUUCUUUUUGCGUACUAUUAAGCCAAUGGACAGAUUUGUACUACUGAGCUCAGAAAAGUAGUUAAGUACUAGCUUUGUACUUAUGUUGCUGUAAAACACAAAACAGAAAUAGUCUUUAAAAAAAAGAGGAACCCCUAGAGUGUGGUAGCAGGUAUAGUAUUAGUAGAUAUUCAUAAUGGACUAAAGAGUGGCGUAACCCCGCAUGUGGCGCUUGGGUGGUGGAGGGACAUUUGGGUGAGAAGUACAAAAAAGAAGUGCAUCUCUCUGGUUGGCACAGUGGUAGAAGCCCACUCCCAUUAUGUAAAAAAAAUUGUGCAUCCUGAUUGGCUAACACAGGUUUUAUCUGGGACAUUCUCUCCAGUGCAUUAACUGUUCUAAACUAGCCUCUUUCAAAAAUGCAUAUAUUUUACUAAAAGUGUUGCAUUGUGAUGCUGCUGCUUGGGAGUAUGUUUCAAGGAAAUGUAAAUAAACUUAAAAUGUAAUUAAUUAACUCUUUAAAAUGUAUGUAGGUAUUCCACAUGACGUGUCAUCCAUUGGGCGGUAUGAUUUAUUUAUGCAAUCCUAUUCUGCUGACGGACUCAAAAUGAAGAAUUACAUACCAAGAAAUGAAACAAAUAGCAAGGCCUCUGAAUGCAAGUCCCACUGGUCUAAAAAAGUAUGCCCAGUUUCAAUUAAAUAUAACACAUUUUGAAAAACUCCCUAAAGUUUGUAAAAUAUUGAUGCCCCCCCCCCCCCACAUCUGCUACUUAACUCCAACAUUGGCAUACCUUUGAAUAAUGGGGAUACGGUAAUACCACAAUUUCAGAGUUAGUAUUUUGCCAUCCCAGGCAUCUUAAUUAUGAGCCUUUUGGCAUCAACAGGCACCUAAUCACUCUGUCUCCUUUUUACCUGUGGAAGUUGCCAGCAUUAUAAAACCUGAUCAGAGUGUAGAAAAAGGUGAAGAAUAAAACAUGUAUACACCUUGAAAAUAAAAAAAAAAAGGGUCAACAGUUGAUUUGUCUGUUUGUAUAUCCAUGCCAGGGCUAGCCACCCGGCAGUGUGAACCUUGGCUUUAGAUGAUUGUCAGUUAAAAUUACACCCCAACCUCAUGGAAAAAAAUGAGGCUGUGGAUUCUGAAAUUAAACUGAACUGCUUGCUGUUAAAAUACACAAUGUACAUGACAUCAAGAUGCCUUUAAUAUAUCCAGACUCAGUGCAUUAUAGUACACAUUUAUGGUUAAAUACUGCACCCCUCCCAUAUUGUUGGUUACCACUUAAUAUCUCCUUUAAAUGCCUAAAAAAUAAGCUUUGUUCAACAAGUAUGACAUUAAAAAUGGCCACUACAUCCUAGAUAAUCUGCCGUGUCAGUUUUCUUUACAGUUUGCAGCAGACGGUUCUAUAGUGCACUGUACAUAACAUGCUUUGUUUUCUGCAUAACAUAAAGGGUAUGGCCAUGCAGAGCUUUACAGAACUGUAUGUACAGGAAAUGUCUUGCUUUUGCACGGUAGCGAAAAGCUUACUGUUGUACCAGUGAUUCACUGUUAGUAUUGCUAAACAGCAUAAAAAUGUCACUCCCUUUUAAGUUAUGUUGCACAGUAAUACCAGAGAAAUGGCAUUGUGCAUGUGAGUGCUGGAGUUAAGUCAGAAAACUGUUUUAAGACCACUCUCCAGAGAUGCUUGUUUAAAGCAUCUUAGAAGCCUUGGGGGACAUUGUGACAUCAGUAGACCACUCUAUCAGGCCAGCAUUGUACGGUCACAAUUUCAGCACUGUCUUUCACAGUUUAUUUAAUAUAAUAUAUUUUGUGCUCUGCUUACUUUAUUUAAAAAGGGCUGAUCUUGACUUCAUUACUUGGCACUUUGCAGAUAUACAUGACUUUCCAGAGUAGAAAUCUGGGAUUUAAAAGUGACAGCAUGCAUGCCAGUGAAAUUAUAGGACAAAUAAUUCUGAGGACCCCAAGGCAUCCUCUUUGUGCAUUCUUUAUUCUGUAGCUGCACACUGAUUGCACUUUUUAGAAUUAAAACACUAAAUUUAGAUGCUUGCCGGAUGGUAUGAAUUUGCACAUUUUUUUCUUUCUGCCACAUGGGGGAGAAGUGGCACUGAUUCUGUAACCCAGCUCCUGCAUUAGUAUCAGAAUAUAUUUGAGCUGUUGAGAAGGAAACAGUUUGACAUCGAGCACUCAUCAUUUGAGCCCUGUAGAAGCAGUGAUUUAAACUAAGAGGUCACCUUUGGUAGAAGAAACUGCUUUUUUAGUUAUAUUUUGUUGAUAUUCACGUGUGUGUGUGUGUGUGUGUGUGUGUGUGUGAGAGAGAGAGAGAGAGAGAGGAUGAUACCUGCAUUUAGUAAAUAAUUUUUGUCGUCCUAAAAUUGCAAUAGAAAUGGUAAUGGUUUUCCGUCUGGUAAGCUGUAUAAAUAAAUGGUUAUUGUGACUUGUUUAAAUGAAAAGGGCUGAAGUAUUUAAUCACAUUUAAAAUACUUUACACUGUAUCACAUUAGCUGGACUUUAGCAUUUCUGCAUUUACAGUACUUAAAUGAAGAAUAGUUUUCUGUAAACUCAGUUUCUUUAAUCACAUACAAGCACAUCUGAAAAGUGGAUACAUUUAUGUUAAAUGUGGAGAGACAUCUGGUGGAAUAGUAAAUGUCAUAAAUUACUAAACUGUUCAUUUCAGUUUGUAUGUUAUAAAUUAUUUUUUCAUUUUAAUACAUAUAUGCAUUUUGCCAAAGCUUUAUGGGAUGCUGUAGGUAUCCCACGUUUGUAAGUUAUUCUUCAUCACGUGUGUGCCAGCAAAUAACCAGUUGUGUUUGGCAACAAGCUUGUAAAGACGUAACAAAGAUGGAAUGUUGUUAAUAUGGUUUAGAAAUGUCUGUUACAGUGGCUACAAUCUGACAAAUGCAGUUCCCCAGUAGUAGGAUUACAAAUUAGUUGUGGCACUGCUGGAUACUUACUGCGAAUGCAGGAAGGAAAGUGAAGACUUGAGAAAACACUUCCCCCAGUUUAACUGUCAUAAUUCCUGUUCUGUAGAGGGAUGUGAUCUCCCCCGUCUUCUCUUCAAAUCUGUUACGGUGGCCAGUUAGUACAGGACCUACAUAUCACUGAAGCCGGAUGAGGUAUGAAAAAAUGAACAUGUUGAUAUUUACUUAAAAUAAUACUAAGCUUUAGAUAAUGUGAAAUGGGUCACUCCACAAAGUUGAGAAUCAAGCCUUCUGUGGCCAUUCAUGUAUGUUUCACAGUUCACUUUAAUUGCAGAAAAUAACUGCUGUAGCAUAGUUGCGUAUUAAAUGAACAUUGACAAUCGCUAUAAGUUUUGCUAAAAUAAAUAAGGGGAAGACUUC